GCAUUUGAGCAGAGCUCUGCGGUUCCUUCCACCUUCUUUGGGGCGUCCCCACCCCCUCUGCUUCCUUUCUUGUUCCCUCCCUGCAGCUGAGGGACCGGAGCAGCACCACCAGUUUCGACUGGUGGAAAGGAGGUGGCAGGGCCAUGAUCCCAGAGGACAUUCAGAGACUCCUUGAAGAUGCUGAGUGCUUCCUGGUGGAUGGGCUGCAGAACGAAAACUUGAGCCCUAGAGCAAGGGAGCAGAGGAACACAAUUCUCUAUGGCUUCCAGCAAGCCAGAGCCAGGUACCACUUGGAGUUUCUGCCCCGAGGAGAGAAUCAGCACGAUGCUGGCUUUGGGCAGGACAGUUCUGAUGAAAAUCAGAGCUGGAGUUUGGCCCCUUCCGUGACAUCUGAAGUCUCCCUGCCAUUGGACCUGCAGGAUGAUGGAAUGGAGGAAAUCACAACGAGGCCUGUUGAAGACACAGGAAAUAUUCUGAAGCAAGGAUAUCUGGAGAAGAGAUCCAGAGACCACAGCUUUUUCGGGUCGGAGUGGCAGAAGAGGUGGUGUGUCCUCCACAGAAAGACCUUUUACUACUAUGCCAAUGAGAAAAGCAAGCAACCUAAAGGCACCUUCUCCAUUGAGCAUUAUACCGCCCGGCUGGCUUUCCAUCUCCGCAAAGACUCACGCAGAAGAUGCUGUUUUCAAUUAGUCUGCCCUGGGAAACGCACCUAUGAGUUCACAGCCCCAAGUCCAGCAGAGGCUGAAGAUUGGGUGGAUCAGAUCCAGUUCCUCCUGAAGGAUCUGAGCUCCCUCACUAUCCCAUACGAUGAGGAGGAGGAAGAGCUCUACAAUGACGUGGGGAGUUCUGACUCCAUGACCACAGCAUCUCACAACACUACCCUGAAUCAAGAUGACGGGAUGGAAGAAGAUGACAUCUAUGAGGUUUUUCCAGAGAAGGACCCCAAUGUUCCUGAGGACAGCGAGGACGAUGGCAGAGGGCAGCACCGCGGAAGGGAUUUUGCCAAUUACUACCAGGGCGUGUGGGACUGCAGCGGUGAGCACCCCAACGAGCUCUCCUUCCACCGCGGGGACCUCAUCUACAUCCUGAGCAAGAAUUAAUCUCACAGAAGCAAACUCGGCAGC